AAAAUUUCUUCUGUAACUCGAAUACUUAUGUGCUCCUUCGCAAGCUACAGUAUGGCCCAGCAAGUGCCUUCCGUGCCGCAAUCAUCAGCUCCAGCUCGCAGGAGCGGGGAUACAAUUCAGUCUCUGGCACGUGAGUCCUCAGGCGCACGCCCACGAACCCGUCCAUAUCUUUCGUAUAAGGAUUACCUGGACACGAAUGUUGAAGACUGGCCUGAGUUCCGCUGGAUGCAAGUUUUCUUUAUGCAUCCCGGCGGAGAUCCGAAUAAUACCAAUUUGACUAUCAUCGACUCCGCGAAUGGGAGUCUUCAUCCACAAUCCAUCACAACUCUGGAUCCUCACAGCCUGACAACGGCUCUAGAAAAUCGCCAGCCCGAGGUGAAAACGAGAAUAAUUGUUGUCCACUAUGGACAGAGCUUUUCUAUUGAUCGACGUGUUGUGGAUAUUCUUGGCAGUGUUUAUGACCUAGAUCCUCUUGUGCUGCAGCGUCAUUUUGAACAUGAUGCUAUGUGGCUAGAAGAUGGGCUCAAAACUUCGAAACAUAUUGAAGAGCUUCUUCCCGAGGCCCGCCUUGCAUUACUACCAUCUGAAGAAACCUGUGAAGGGCGAUUCGUUCAUUUUGGCUUGUCGAAUUUUCGCUAUAUAACCGCAAUGUACUUCAAUCAGAAGGACAAAAAUGAUCAGACCACUGUGCUCAUUUGGCUGCGAUUUAAUCUUUCUAUCAAGGACCGGCUUACAUCUCUUGGAAGAGGUGUUUAUCCUUCAUUUUCCUUCGCUCCCAAACGCCUGCUAGGCCCAGGCAACAAGAUUAGCGCGGCGUAUAUUUCAAUGUUAUUGACUUGGACCCCCGAUCUGGUGAGGAGAGGAGACGACGAUUCGCAUCAAUAUCUUGCGCCGCUGUUACAACUUUUCCUCAAAAUUGAACUUUACGAAUUCCGGAACGUUAUGGACCCCAAUCUUGACCGUUAUGUGGAUCACGACAUAGAUGGAACCCUUACUGGCGUGCGAAUGAAUCUUGCUUCCCUGAAAAGAACAAAGAAAGCAUUUCGGGAGUUCAAUAAAACUGAAAUAGGCCGCCAGCAUCAGAUGUCUCCAAAUUUGCUAGACACUGCUCUUUCCGAACUAGAGUCGCUAAUAUCAGACUACGAGGAGGCUGAAGCCGCGUGGAACAGCGAGAGACGGGAUGAACUUCUCGAUGCUCAGCUGAAAGAGGCUAGAAAGUCAACCGAAACGGCCUUACGCGUAGCAAGCUUAACGAGACUCGCAGUCGUAUUCAUUCCUCUCAGUUUUGUCGCUUCCGUCUUUGGCAUGAAUAUCCAACAGUUCAACGACGGGAAAGUUAGUUUGUCAGCCUUCUUUGGAACCGCUGCAAUCAUGAGCUUCCUGACUUUCUUACCAAUCCUGGGACUGAUAGAUAAGGAGAUCACCGUCGCUAAUAUCAAACUUUUCGGAAGAUCGCCCUUGCAUGGAUUUUGGCUUUUGGCCUUCACACUGUCACACUUCCGGAAAAGCAACCGGGCCCUCUGUGAAGAACGUCUACUGUAUUUCCUCAGUUCGGGAAGGAGACCAAAUUUUAAUAGGGACCCUAAUCUCGAAGACGAAAACUUCUGGAUGAAGAAAUUUGGCUGGGUUACUCCAGGGCGUUGGCAACGAUUCUGGAUAGGCAGAGUGCUAAUGAUAACAAAAUUUAUUGAGAGAGAGAUAGAUCGCGAAGGUUGGAGAACCAAGAAAGGGUUUCUAGAUAAGAUAUUAGGAGAUUUUGGAUGGUGGCAACUCGAACGAUGAGACCGGUGGCUCGUCUUGAGUACUAGAUAUGGCGGUUCUCUUGGGCCUUCGGUUAGUUCCCACCGGUCCGCUUCAGCGGCGUUUCUGCCACCAACCGAUGGCGGAUACUGACACGGAAGACUAUCGAAGGGAUAAAUUUCAUUCAUAUUAGUUGUUCAAGGUCAGAAAUUCAUAACAGAUACUUAACAA